CAGGUAAGUACAGCCGGCCCAGUGUACGGUCGGCCGCCGGCUCGGCAAGAAGCUGCGUGGUAGAAGCGAUUGGCUGAUAGCGAGAGGAGAGUCCGAGUGCAUUCAACUCGGUGAAUCCGCGAAUCGUGCACGACGCGCGGCGCAUUCCCGAUCGCUCGCAAUACCGGUGAGGGACGACCGUGGAACAUGUCUGGGAUAUCGCAUCGGUGGAUACGCAUUACCGGGAUGUACGAGGAUACGACGGCGUGACUGACGGAAGAAGAGGGAGCCAGAAAUGUCACGAUCAACGUGGACGUCUAUCUUUUCCGGGCUACAUUCCCGGCUGAUUACGGCGAUUUUGCUGAUCCUUCUCGUUCGAGUUCAUUAUAUAACAGGAUGCCAGUUUUAUCCCAUCGGAGAGUAUCUGAAAUUUGUAAGGGUACCGGAGAAUCUGGCAAUAGGAACUGAAAUCCUUUCGUUUGAAGCCCAUCCGAGAGAUCGACUCGUUAUUACGUCGGUCGACAAGGAGGAGGACGCCGGAUUUUUCGCUUACAAAGCAACGAAUGAGACGCACGUCUCCCUGAUCCUGGCACAAUCAAUGGAGGAUCUGGUGGACGCGGAGUCCCCGAGAAAUCUGUUAAAAUUUCGAGUUUCCUGCGACUCGGGCACCGGUGACUCGUCGGUAUCGUCACAUUUGUCAGUGACGGUCUACGUGGAGGAUAUAAACGAUCACGCGCCACGAUUUGUCGAUGCGCCUUAUCAUGUGACGGUGGACGAACUCACGCCAGUCGGUGUGACGAUAUUCCGCGGAAUUCACGCGCUGGACGGUGACAAGCCGAACACGCCAAACAGCGACGUCUAUUAUGCCAUCGUAAAAGGGAACGAGCAGGGCAAAUUCUCCCUCGAAUCCGGUCACAGAACUGCCUUGAUACUACGCAAGUCAAUCGAUUACGAUAGCGGAGAUCGCGAAUUCGACCUGGUUAUUACCGCGACCGAUCGAGGUGUUCCAGCUAAAAGCACGAACAGCACCGUAAAAAUAACUGUGACAGACAACGAUGAUCUUGACCCAAAGUUUACGCGGGACAUCUACAAGGCGAAGAUUUACGAGUUUUAUCCUGUUCCGGACUACCCAAUCUUCACAGAAAUCAACUUCACCAACCCGAUCCACGCGGUUGAUCGCGAUCGGGACAUAAAUGUGCCCAUGCGAUACGAUAUAAUAUCCGGGAACGAGAGGGGCUUCUUCCAUCUCGAUCCGAAGAACGGUUCGCUGUUCCUGAAACGCGCGAUCGAUCUCGACGCCGAGCGCAGCUUGCCGGGCAACACGUUCAAACUUCAGAUUUACGCGUCGCAAGUGGAUAACCCGUUGAAGAUGACUGUCGCGCGGGUCGAGGUGGAGGUGCUGGAUCUCAACGAUAACCUGCCGCAGUUCGAAGUCGAUCUCUACAAUAUCAGCAUCGUGGAGAACCUGCCGAACGGCUUCAGCGUGCUGCAGGUGAUCGCGCGCGACAAGGAUCAAGGAGAAAACGGAAAGUUUGAUUACCGGUUGGAGGAUCCAUCAGGCGCGUUCUCCGUGGAUCCGGGAUCCGGUUGGUUGACCGUGCGGGAUCAAGCGAUCCUGGACCGCGAGAAGCGGGAUCGUCUGAAGAUGAAAGUACACGCUGUCGAGCACCGGCCGAGUGUCGUCGCGACAGGCGAAACCUUCGGCAAAUCCUCCGUGGAUGUCGAGAUCACUUUGCUCGACGCCAACGACAACAAUCCCAUCUUUGUGCCGGGCAAUCUUUACGAGCUGGUGGCGAGGAGCGACGCGAAGAUCGGAACUGUGUUAGGACAAGUGCACGCGGUGGACGACGAUCUAGGCCCCAAUGGGUCGGUACGUUACCAGUUGCAGAAGCCGGGCAAUUCCACGCUGCGUAAACCCCCGUUCGCGGUGAACGAGAGUUCAGGUCUAAUCUCGGUGUCGGAGAGUCCGAUACUCGAGGGUAGGCACGCGAUUUUUGUGGAAGCGGCCGAUCAGCCGGCGAAUCCCAGUGAAAGAAGAUUCUCCUUAGCGGUCGUCACGGUGGACAUUUUUCGAGCAGAUGGUCCAGAUUCGUGGGAGCCAGAUUUUGUCGGCGCGCCUUACGAGUUUUGGGUCGGCGCGAACGUGCCCGUAGGCACCAGCGUCGGGCAGAUUCGCUUAAACGACGCCGUUAAAACUAACGAUCUCAUCUAUGAUCUUCUGCACGGUUACGAGGAGGGAGUUCCAUUUGCCGUGGAGGAGCGCUCGGGCACGAUAAGCGUCGUGGAGGAGAUCGAGCGCUUCGAUCGGUCCGUAUACGACUUCGAGGCGAUCGUCACCGAUGAGCGAGAGCUGACGCUGAUCACGAACAUCUCGAUUCACGUAGUGGAUCCGAACGACGACAGGGGCAUUUUUACGAAGGGAACGACCACCGCUCCUUUGGUCUUCCACGUGAUGGAGAAUGUUCCCGAUGCAUUGAUCGGCCAAGUGCUUCCGCACAAUGGCACAGCAUCUGGCAUUCAGUUCCUUAUCGUUAAUCAGCAGGACGUGCCGGAUGUCGCCAUUAUGAAUGACGGUUCUCUCUAUGCUCCUCAAGGCCUAGAUCGCGAGGCGAAGGAGAAUUAUAGCGUCACCGUGAUUGCCGAGGGAUCGCGCGGCGUGGGUGUAUUUCAGGUGCGGAUCAUCGUCGACGACGAGAACGAUCACGCGCCGGAAUUCACGCUGUUCGAUUACGAAGGCCGGAUCAUGGAGAAUAGUCCCCCGGGAACGGAGGUCGCUUUGACAGAUCCGAUCGCGGCGAGCGAUAAGGACGAAGGCAAAAAUCGGGAUUUCACGUUUGCUCUACAAGGCGAGGGUAGCGGCCUGUUCAGUAUCGAUCCGUUAACGGGCCGAGUAUUCUUUUUGGGUAUCGAAGAUAGAACCCUGGAUCGUGAAACGAAAGCAAAUUACGAGCUGCAAAUUAUCGCCACCGAUAGUGGUGGACUCAAGUCGGAAAGUAUUCUGAGGAUAACGGUGCUCGACGCGAACGACAACGCUCCAAAGUUUAUACGGAUGGUGGUCCUGCCGGAUCAAGGGGUGCGCGUAUCGCACGAUCCAAGUGAAUCCGUUGAGGUAGAAGAUGGGGAAGCACAUCAGACUAUCGAUGGCGGGCGACGUUCGCCGUUACUGCUGGUGCCGGAGAACACGACGAUUGGCGUGCCCAUAAUCCGCCUGCUGGCGGACGACAAGGACGAGGGUGCGAAUGCGGCGAUAACGUACAGUCUGAGCAAUGAAACGACCUUGAACGGGGUGAGGUCCCGUCGUUACGACGUGACCAGCCGCCGUUACUUCCACCUCGAUCCGCGCACGGCCGAGAUAUCUAUCGCUCGGAAUCUACCGCCGGAGAAAGAUAUCCGGCUGUUUGUCUUGGCGAAGGACUCGGGCGGCCUCUCGGACAACAUCACCAUCCGGAUCCAUGUGAUGGACGUGAACGAUCACGCGCCUGUCUUCGACAAGUCCUGGUACAUCUUCGACUUGGCCGAGGGCACCUACAGCAAUCACGCGGUUGGCGAGGUGCGAGCGUUCGAUGCUGAUUUUGGGGCGAACGCCGAUCUCAGCUACGAGCUGAUCACCAGCCACGAGGAUUCAAUACAUACCGGCAACUUGUCGCGUUCGUUCCACGUGGAUCCUCAUGAGGGAAUAAUACGAGUGAGCGGUACUCUCGACCGCGAGAGAGCCGCGACUCACCGUCUCCUUGUGGUGGCGCACGAUCAAGGUUCGCCAAGUCUAAGCUCGUCCGUGGAGGUGGAGAUCAAUGUGCUGGACGUGAACGACAACGCGCCGACAUUCCACGGCUACGACGAGCUAGAAAAAGAGGGCAAUCGAUUGCCGAUCUACCGUGUUUCCGUUCUGGAGAACAUUCCGAUCGGCACGCAAGUGGCCAAGGUAUACGCGAACGAUAGCGAUUUUGCCGGGAACGGAAACGGAUUGAUCCUGUUCGACCUGAGCUAUCAGGAUCGCACGGAGAAGCAAUACUUUGCAGUGGACAGCAAGGAAGGUAUCAUCGUGACCAUCGCCAAGCUCGAUUACGAGACCAAGAGCGAUCAUCGUUUGAUCGUCACGGCGAGCGAUCUAGGCUCGCCGGUCAGCCUGACUUCUUCGGCUGUGGUUCUCGUCACUGUGCUGAACGUCGACGACGACGAGGAAACGGACAACAAGGUGUCUAACAUGCCAACCUUUCGGCACCGUUAUUACGAGAUAGAGGUCGAUGAAAACGUCUCCGUGCCAUUACUGAUCGCGCAGCUCGAUCUAGCCGACAAUUAUCACGGCGAUCAUAUAAGAUAUAGCUUGGCGGCUGACGGUUCCGAUGGCAGGGAGCACUUCUCGGUAGAUUCGAAGAACGGUUCUCUAUACUUGAUGACGGAGAUCGACCGGGAGACCAGAGAUCGGUAUGAGGCUAAAGUCAGAGUUGAUCGAUUGAAGAUGGGCCGGGGCAUGCCGGUGAUGAUUUAUCCGGUCGUCGGGGAGAGACUGAACGGUCUGGCGCCUAACGAGGCUAGAGUGGUUGUCAGGAUAAAGGACGUGAACGACAACGCGCCUAGAUUCAAGUCGAGAGACAGACCUAUCCUUGCUGCUAUACCCACUACCGCUCAUUACGGUUACGAGGUCGUCAAAGUGGAGGCCGAGGAUCCGGAUCUGGGAAUAAACGGCGAGAUACGCUACCAAAUUCUCGGUCGGGAGGACGCCCCACGUUUCGCCAUUGACCCACUCAGCGGUCAAGUGCGAUCUGUGGCGAGUUUUGGCCGCGACGCCGGUCGCGUCUUCGGUUUCGACGUCAAGGCCACCGACAGACAGGGCGCCGAGAGCGGACGGAGCAGCAUCGCCAAUGUCUUUGUGUACGUGUUGGACGAUCAGAAGCAAAUCAUCAUGGUUAUGGGACGGAAGCCUAUCGAGAUCGAGCCGGAGCUCGAAAACAUCACCAUAGCGCUGCAGAAUGUCACUGGUUUGGACGUGCGGGUAAGAAAAUUGGAGCCCCACAUCGAAAAGAACUUGAUCGACGCGGCCUCCACCGACGUUUAUUUGUACGCGAUCGAUCCACAUCUGAACGUUAUGGUGGACAUGGAUACUUUGAACAGCGUCUUUAAUACCAAGAAGGUGGACAUUAAACGCGAGCUGGACGAGUUUCGCGUGCUGGAGAUAGCCGGUAGCACACCUCGCAGAGGCAGUCAACGUUACUUGUUAUCCACUCUCGAAGUAGCCGUCGUGGUGCUCGGCUGCGUCGUCUUCGUGGGCGCCCUCGUGACCGCCCUAUGCGUUACCUGCGUCCGUCGCAACAAACGUCGCAGACGACGAGACAAGGCCAUGUUUUCGACUGUCAGCCCGGUCGGAUUCGCUCUGACGGAUCCUGCCGGUACUCUGCAGAAGCCGCCGCUCUUUCCUACCUUCGUCGACGGUCUUCAUUACGACCCCGAGCCCUUUUGCUCCGAAGUGCCCAGGCGUCAGAGCAUAUGCGAGCACGGCGGCAGCUGCGUCCGCUUUCAUACGAUGGGCGGGGGCGGAAAACACGCGGUGCGGUCGACAGGUACCUUGAAAGGCCUCGAGGCAUCUGCGACAUCCUUACAUUCCAGCGGUCAGGAUUCUGGUAUCGUGGCACGUACCUCCUGUCAUUGCAGUCACUCGUCCAGUCCUUCCAGCGGCGAGAGCAGCAACGGGUACGAGGAUUCGCUCAAGUCCCUUCAGCGUCACGAGCGAUGCAACGACAUUUCGCGCGGGGGGUCUCACGACACCUCGAGCGUGGUUGGCAGACGAGCAAAGCUGGCGGCGAAACGGCGACAGCGAUUCCAUUCCUUCUCGAACGGCGAAUCCGUUUAUACCCACGAGAUGAUGUUGCAACGGGAACAGCAUUGCUGUGCCGGUGGUACCGGUACCGAGAAGAGACGGCAAGCAGAGCAUCGCCGCGCGCAUUCCGAGGCGGAGAACAAUAUCACCGAGACGGUGAUACAUGAGCAUCCCGGAACGGAGAUCUCGUUAGCCGGCUCCCAAACGAACCCCACGUCGACCACCCUUCACGGUAGGUCCAAUAUCGACGAAGCUAGGAGACGGAGCAGCUGGAAUAGAUAUAAUUUCGGUGCAACAUAACAAAAGGUACAUCCUUAAUAGGACACAUUUGUCGAAAUUGAGCGGAUAAUCGUAUUCGCAGGUACACCCAGAACCAGCCACAUGCUCUAUUAGCGGAGUCGAUUUGUAAAAAACGGAGAAACAUCUCCGAGGAGCGCGAGGAAUAUAUAACGGCUGCAAGUUCUUUGUUUUUAUUCGAUAACGUUAUUUUUCUUCGUAAAUUUGGAAUAUAAAUUAUUUUUGUACGUUGUAUAUGCUCUCGUCACACACAGUUGGAAAAUUUGUGUUUUCUUGUUAAAAAAUAACCCGUUUAAAAUUUUUGUGUUAAAUAUUUAACACAUUCAUGUGUUAAUUUAACAUAUUGCUGUUGUGUUAAUUGAACUCAAAUGUUAAAUUAUUAAAACAACUAAAAAAUAAUUUCACACAAUAGGUAUGUUUCGUAUUAUUAGUUAGACAGGAUUUAUCUGUUAAAAUUUACAGAAAAAAAUGUUGAUUUUAUUCUAUAAUAAGAGUGAGAAUGACUACGGACCAUUAAUAACAUUUUUGCAAGUUAAUUUUAUCAUUAAAAAUAUGUUGAUUUUACACAAAAUUUAUUUCAAAUUAUUUUGAAGCUUGCAUUUAUUUUGUGUUAAAAUAUUAACGUAAAUUAAUGUCACCAUUUAAUAUAUCCAUAUUAUGUUAAAUUAACACAAAAAUUUAUAUAGACUGUUUGAGACAUAAUAUUUAUUAAAUUUAACACAAAUUUUUCAACUGUGUAGCGUGUCAUCUCGUUGCCAAAGUAUUUGCACGUCGUCGAAUCGGAGAAAAUCACUCAUUUCUGUAAAUACACGACACCGUUUUCAAUUUUUCAUGUUACUCUUUUGAUUAAUCGAGAUUAGAUUAGACCAUGGCGCGGCAAUAACUAUGUCGAUUAAGAUUAUUUAUAGCGCAAAUAUUAAAACUCAAAAUGCGAAUGUUAUUCAUGUAUAAUAUAAAGCAUAUACAAUUUGUUGUAGAUAUAUUUUGUGAAUAUGUCCAUACUUCGAUCGGUUAUAUUCUCGAUUAUAUUAGCUUCGAUUUAUUUUAUAUAUACAUAUAUAUAAUUAUUUAAUAUAUAUAUAUAUAUACUUUUGUAAAAUGUA